CAUCUCUCUUGGAUCGGUCUCUCCCCUCUGUAUACAUCUCUCUUCUCUUCCUUUGGGUUUCAUGGCGGCAUCUACAGCUUUUAUUAUCUUUCUCUGUAUUUCCGCACUUUCUUUGCUUUGCCUCGCCUCAUCGUCGUCAGUGUGCCCUCUUGAAUCUCAUCUAUUCCUCAGGAAUCUUCAAUCUCAGUGCCCUACGUCGAUCUCCCCCUCUCCACAUAUCGAGGUGGAUGGAGAAUCACUUGACAGAGCUCUGAGCUCCCUCCAGAAGAAUCUGAUUACUGCUGUCCUCUUCUAUGCUUCCUGGUGUCCAUUUUCUCAUGGUGUGCUUCCAACAUUUGAUGCCCUCAGUUCUAUGUUUCCUCAAAUAAGACACUUAGCAGUUGAACAAUCUUCGGCCAUGCCAAGUGUAUUUUCAAGGUAUGGAAUUCAUAGCUUGCCUGCAAUAUUAUUUGUAAACCAGACAACAAGUGUGCAGUAUUAUGGUCCAAAAGAUCUGUCCGGCCUCGUACAGUUCUAUAAGAGAAUAACAGGACUUGAACCGGUUGCAUAUUUCACUGUGGAUCAACCUAGUAGCUUUGGAGGUGAUAAUACAUUGCUUCAACUUGGGAAUCAGUCUUCAGAAAAGGAGAUUCUAAGGAGGGAACCUUAUCUUGUGUUAGCAGUAUCAUUCCUCUGCUUAAGAGCAUUCCUGUACAUCUUCUCAGAAAUGUUAUCUUGCCUCAAGGCUUUCUGGAUUUCAUAUAUUCCCCACCUGAACUUGGGCGUCUUUGGAGAGACAAGCCAGUUGUUGGGACGUCUCCGCCAUAUGUUUGAUGUGAAGAGGGUUUGGAACAAGCUGAGGCUGUCUAAGACUAGGAACUUCCAGAAAAGUGCAAAAAAUGCCCGGGUAUGGGCAUCUUCUCUGACCUCUGUCUCCUUGGGUGAGUCAUCUUCAGCAAGACCAACUCCCUCUGGAGACUGGUGAGCCCAAAUGAGAUUAAUCUGCCACCUUGAGGAUUACACUGAUGCAAUUUAAGGGAAGAUGAAUUCCUUAGAGUUGAUUGGAACGUAAUAUGAGUAUUGUAAUUCUCAAGAGUAGGUGGUUUCUCUCUUUUCUCACAUGUCCAUUACUUUAACUCCUCUUUUCUUUUUUCCUUAUUUUAUUUGAAGUGGUU